AUGCGGCUUCGGGGAACCUUGAUCGUCUUCGCUAUGAGUAUCCUUAUUUUCCUUCAAGCUACCAAUAUCUCGCUCUUGACUACCGCACAAUCCGCAAUUGCUGCGGAACUGGAUGCUUUUGAGAAUGUAACCUGGUUCACGAGCGCAUAUUUGGUUGCAAUGUCAUCCAUUGCUCCAUUAGUAGGCCGGCUCUGUACCGUAUUUCCUCCAAAACAGUGCAUGUUCACCGCCUCCGUCAUCUUCGCAAUAGGAUCCCUCAUCACCGGCCUCGCGCCACAUCUGGACCUCUUCCUGGUAGGGCGAGUCGUGACGGGGGUUGGAGCAUCCGGCAUCUUUACAGUCUCCUUGAUCGUCGUGCUACAGUUAGCUACUGACGAGCGGCGGGGGUUAUUUAUCGGCCUGUUAAACACGGGAUACACUGUCGGCGUCUCCGUCGGCGCUGUCUUAUCUGGUGCACUGGAACCUGUCAUCGGUUGGAGAGCCCUUUUCUGGGGACAAUCCCCGUUUGUUAUCAUAGCAGGGCUGGUUCUACUUAUAAAACUUCCGGAUUUCUCAACCUCGAAAUAUAACAGUCGGACUGAUGUUUCUCUCCGACAGAAGCUGGCGCGUCUGGACUACUUAGGGGCCGUCACAUUGACUGCGACCAUUUUUCUCAUGCUUCUUGGCUUGUCUUCACCAACCAUCCAGAUAUUGCCAAUCGUUCUGUCAUUGAUUAUUCUGCCCAUCUUCGUUUUCAAUGAAGCAUACCUGGCCUCAGAUCCCGUGAUUCCAGUGGUGAUUCUCAAGUCUCGGGGCAUGCUCUUCUCAUGCAUCGCCACGCUUGGUUUCAUGAUGUCACGAUGGACGAUCCUGUUUUACACCCCCGUGUACGCCAUCUCCGUUCGACAGUGGCAUUCCGCCAAAGCGGGAUCGAUAUUGAUUCCGACAAAUGCGGGAUUCGCUCUGGGUGGCAUCUUAGUCGGGUGGCUGCACAUCAAGCGGUCAGGCAGCUUCUACAUUCCCAGCAUCGUAGCCAAUAUCCUAUUCCCGCUUAGCCUCUUAUCGAUGUCCUACGCGUCUACGGCGACAUCAUCAACUGCGCUCUUUGUUUCCUUGACUUUUGUGAACGGCAUGAUCACGGGCUCCUCACUCAACUACACGCUGUCCCAUCUUCUUCAUCUGACGCCAACCCACACACAUUUCAUCGCAAGUUCGUUACUUGCCACUUUCCGAGGCUUCGCUGGCUCCUUUGGAUCGGCGAUCGGAGGAGGUGUUUUUACACGAACCCUUCAACGCUCACUCACCAAUGGAUUCGUGGGGCAUGGGCUGGGACACAAAACCGGACUGGUUAGAAAGUUGCUGGGCAGUCCAGCCCUUGUUGGAACACUGGGAGAGCCAGAAAAAUCGAUUGCGAUCGGCGCAUAUGUGGACGCGACGCGGGGGUUGUUUGCCGCCGCCGCAGGCCUUACGGCUUUGAUGGUAUUGGCUCAGGCAGCAACUGGAUGGCGUGCUGCGGAGCCAAAAAAGGCCGGAGACGAAGAAAACGACCGUAUGGAAGAAACACUGCAACCAUACCGCGAUGAUACACAGUCUGAUGAGGAAGAUCAUCACCGGGUGAGCUGA